AAACUAUAAUGCUGUUAAACGAUUUGAUGGUUUCUUGCAAUCGAAUUUUAAAAAUAGAGGCAUAAUUUCACAUUCUGUUUAAAAAUAAAUCUUCAAUGCGUUAGUGAUUAUUUUUAGGGAGUGUCGUAUCUAGUUCAACGCAAAAACCAUUACAGAUGUUUGUAGCAUUGAUAAGAUAUACUAGAUAAGACUUUAGCGAGUCAUUCAAAAAUUAAAUACACGUAAUAAAAUAGUUCUCGUUGACUAAACAUUUACAAUGUGAAAAUUGCUUAAAAAUACAAAAACCUAUUACUAAAACAUGUAAAGUGUAUGUGAGUAGUUGGUGAAUUUAAACGAUGAAUCGAUCAAUGCAGCUGAUAGUACUUGGAACAUUUUGGUGCUUCAUCCAUGGCGCCUAUUGUAUACCUUUUAAUAAUGAAAUAUCAGCAAUUUCUGUUGUUGGAAGUUACCCAGGAAGUAACAGUUUUGUGAUUAAUUCAACGACAGUGUACAUUGUUUCUUAUAGUACAUAUGCGUCGAUUUAUCCAACACGUCUAACGUCCAUCACUACAGGAGCAAGAAUGGCAUUCCCCAUUAGAGUUGUCGUUCGUCAACAAAAAGGUGUAUCUUCAUGGCAGUUGCCUUUACGUGUCAAUUCGAAGCUGGGACCAUUAUCCUUUUAUACAACAUCAAGAACUCUAUGCCACACUCACAUGGAUAUAAUUGCAAACCUAAACAGAAGCUCAAUUGAUUUUUUGUCCCAACUAAACCAUACAAGAUUGCUUCAAGAGUUCAGUAUUUCGGUAUCCACAUCAUCACUUCGCCCAUUAGAUAUUGAAAUCGCAACACAAGAAGCAAAAGACUUUUACAUUAAAGAAAACCAAGAAUAUACUGUCGUAACAUCUCCCAGUGAACCUAUUUAUUAUUAUUAUAAAUUUUUUGAGCGUAAUAGUGACAAUUACCGUGACACCGUGGUGUUGGAAGUGAAUUCUGAAGAUCAAACUUGUUUUUAUGUUAGCAUACAGGAGCCUAAUUGUCCAAUUUACGAUUUAGAAAGUGAGAUUCACAAUGGCAAAUUUUACCAAACGGUUAAUACAAGAGGGGGUCUCACUGUUGGGAAUUUUGAGUUCCCCAAUGGAUUCUUUGUAGUUUUUGUUGCAAAAGGAGAUAACUACGAUUGCUCGAUUGAAAAUUCCCUCACAAAGGAGAGAGGCAGACUAAAAACGUUUAAUCAAACCUCAAAGGUGAAUUUUAAAGUAAGACCCAGCAUAUCCAUUGAGGACUAUAUAAAAGCUGCUUUAAUAAUAUUAGGAGCAAUUUUGAUCUUCUACAUAGUGCUCGUUGCAAUUUUGUGCACAUUUUAUCAAAUCAACAAAAUUAAUCGAAAAUCUUCCCUCAGUCCAGAUGUGGCAACUGUAUAUUUAGAAAAUUUUCAAAGUCCCAUGAUGAGAAGUUUGGAAAUAGUGUUUCAUAUAGUAAGCAAAGGCCUUACUAAAGGAUCCUUCAAACCACAGCGGGUGCGGGAGCGAGAGCGAAUGCAACGCGGAAUAAUCCUAAAAAUUGUCCAAUUAAAUUGACCACGCAAAUUAUAUACUAUAUCUGAUCAGUAAAAAUUAAAUACGAAGGAGGUCCAUGAAAAAGUAAUAAAAUGAUCCAUAUUGCACCACCCUAUUAUAUACAUAAACAUGAGGGUAAUGACCAUACCGAAAGCCCUCCCUGCACUGCAAAUGCUAAGUGUGUUACAUUGUCACACAUUUACGCGUUUUUUCGAUGUAGUCAUUUUAAACGCACUUCAAGGUGUGACAUUUUAAAACACGCUAAAGUGUGAUUAUGUAACACGCAGUAA